GCUUUUCAGGAAAAUGGAUCUAUUGUCGCCAUGACUGGAGAUGGAGUAAAUGAUGCACCCGCAUUAAAAAUAGCAGAUAUAGGUAUAUCUAUGGGAAAAAGUGGUACGGACGUAUCAAGGGAAGCUGCAGAUAUAAUAUUGGUUAAUGAUAAUUUCACCACAAUAUUAGAUGCCGUGAAAGAAGCGGCAUUAACAUUAAUCACUAUGUCAACGAUAUCUGGAUUGCCUAACCCUCUGAACGCUAUGCAAAUUUUAUGGAUCAAUAUAUUAAUGGACGGCCCACCUGCACAGUCACUUGGUGUAGAGCCUGUUGAUGAAAGCGUGAUGCUACAACCACCAAGAAAGAAAGAUUCUCCAAUCUUAACAUCUGCAUUAAUAAUGCGAGUACUUACAUGUGCAGCAAUAAUUGUCGCUGGUACAUUAUUCACCUAUAUUACCGAAAUGCGUGAUGGUAUAGUUACUGCACGAGACACUACCAUGACAUUCACAUGCUUUGUAUUUUUCGACAUGUUUAACGCGCUGAGUUGUCGUUCCGAGAAAAAGUCCAUAUUUAAAUUGGGAAUAUUUUCAAAUUCGAUGUUUAAUUUAGCAGUUACAUUCUCUCUGAUUGGACAAUUAUUGGUAAUAUACGUACCAUUCUUUCAAACAAUAUUUCAAACGGAGGCACUAGGGUUUGAGGAUAUUUGUGGUCUCAUUCUCUUGACCUCAACG